AUGGCGGUCGUCCUGCUCUUCCUAAGCCUUAGCAUCCUCCUUGUGUCGGCAGCGGCAACGGGGCAGCUCUGCGGCAGCCGCGGCAACUACACGGCCAACAGCACCUACCAGUCCAACCUCGCCGCCGUCGCCGCCACCCUCCCCAACAAGGCGUCUUCCUCCUCGCAACUGUUUGCCACCGCGACCGCCGGCCAAGCCUCCGACGUGGUGUACGCGCUCGCGCUCUGCCGUGGCGACACGGUGAACGCCGCGGCCUGCAGGGACUGCGUCGCCACCUCGUUCCGGGAAGCGCAGCGGGCGUGCCCGUUCCAGCAGGGCGCCACCGUCUACUACGACGACGGCGAGCAGCAGCAGCAGCAGCAGACGUGCGUCCUCGGCUUCUCCAGCGACGACCUCCUCGUCCCCAGCAUGACCGAGAACGACACGCUGUUCCAGUCAUUCCAAAAUGACAGCUUCUUCGGCGACCCUGGCACCGUCACUCCGGAUGUCCACGACCUGCUCACGCGGACGGCCCAGGACGUGGCCGCCGCAGAGAGGCGGUACGCCACCGCGGUCAUGGACUCCGUUAGCACUGUUACCCGGACGCUCUACUCUCUGGCUCAGUGCACGCCGGAUCUGCCCACUGGGGAUUGCCUGGCGUGCCUCCAGCGGAUCAUCGCCAUGGUCAACACCACCACGGCGGUGCGCCUGGGUGGACAGAUCCUCGUGCUGCGCUGCAACAUCAGGUUCGACGUGAAUCUGUUCUACCAGGGCCAACCCAUGCGGCGGGUCACUCCAUCAUCCAUCGCUCCGGUGCCGACCACCACCACCAUUACUACAGGAAAGAGAAAAGGAAUCAAACCAUGGGUAAUUGCCAUAUCUGUAGCUGCUCCAGUAGCACUUAUCGCAUUCUGCUUCAUCGUUUGCUAUCCUCGGCUCGGAAGAAGGCACAGAAAAGGUCAGGUGAGAUUGCGAGAAAAGCGGCACACCCACGAGUCGCAAAGAGGAGAUGAACAUGUUUGGGAAAUGGAAGCAGAGUUCUCUGAGUUUUCGAUCUUCGAUUUUCAUCAAAUAUUAGAGGCCACAAGUAACUUUUCUGAAGAAAAUAAACUUGGCAAAGGUGGAUUUGGCCCUGUUUAUAAGGGCCACUUUCCCGAUGGAACUGAAAUUGCAGUAAAGAGACUUGAUUCACAUUCCGGACAAGGUUUGAUGGAGUUCAAAAAUGAAGUUGAGCUCAUAGCCAAACUUCAACACAUGAAUUUGGUUAGGCUCUUGGGAUGCUGCUCUCAAGCAGAGGAGAAAAUAUUGGUCUAUGAAUACUUGCCAAACAAAAGCUUGGACUUCUUCAUCUUUGAUAAUAAUAGAAAAGCUUUAAUUGAUUUGAACAAACGUCUUGAAAUAAUUGAAGGAAUAGCAGAAGGACUUCUUUACCUACAUAUGCACUCUCGGUUGUGUGUCAUACAUCGAGACCUUAAACCAAGCAACAUUCUCUUGGACAACGAAAUGAAUCCUAAAAUUUCAGACUUUGGACUGGCAAAAAUAUUUAGCUCUAAUGCUGAAGGAAUCAUUACGAGAAGAGUGGCUGGUACAUAUGGCUACAUGGCCCCCGAGUAUGCUUCACAGGGCAUCUUUUCCAUCAAAUCCGACGUAUUCAGCUUUGGUGUUUUAACUCUCGAGAUCCUUAGUGGCAAAAGGAAUUCUGGAAGCCAUCAAUGUGGAGAUUUCAUCUAUCUCCUUGGAUAUGCUUGGAAAUUAUGGAAAGAGGGAAGAUGGAUCGAACUUGUUGAAACCUCAUUGCUUCCCAAUUGUCAUUUGACAGUAACGAUGAGGUGUGUUAACAUUGCACUGUUGUGUGUACAAGAGAAUGCAGUGGAUCGUCCAACCAUGUUGGAUGUUGUUGCGAUGCUAAGCAGCAUGACGAUGAAUCUACAUGAGCCUAAGCAUCCAGCGUAUUUCAAUUUAAUGGUAGGCAACGAAGAGUCAUCUACAACUACUCUACCAUGCAGUGUUAAUGAUGUAACCAUAUCUGCCACAACUCCUAGGUAG